AUGACCAAAAAGAUCGGUCGAUUUCUCAUCCGGGAUGGACAUUGGGAUGGAGAUGGACUCAAAACGAAGUGGAUAUUGAACAUUUUUGGUGCAGAGACCACAGAGAAAGGAGAUUGUUCAAGAUUCAAACAGAACAUUCCUCAUUCUUGCGUUAGGAAUCCGAGGGUCGUGGAUUUACUCCCUGGAGUUCCUUUUAACCAAAAGAUCGCCAAUUGCUGCAAAGGCGGCGUUUUGGAUUCUGAAUCAGCGACUGCGUUUCAGAUUAGCGUUGGAAACGCUGGAACAACGGUUAUGAUGCCUAAACAGCAGUAUGUGUGUGGACCAACGAGGAAGGUGAACGCGAUCGUGUUAUGUCACCUGACUUGGUACGUUUCUUGUGUGUUCUACAAGGAAACAUCAAUGAGUUCUUGA